CUCUGUAGGACUGUUUAAAAGGCAACAUUGGCAGACUUCAACACAAACACUUCAACUGGACCCAACGUUGAGUACGACUUACAGGAACACCUUCAAUAAAAUCGCAGAGGAAUCAAAGAACUAUCUCUUGUUCAGACCAGGAGAUUGCAUAUUUAAAGACAAAAAUAUCUGCAAUAAGAAGAAGUGAAACCACAAGUGAGGAUGAAUCUAUUAGUCAUCGUCGCCGUCAUUAUGUCAUUCAGUAUUGAGAUGGCAAUGUCUACAAAGUGGUCAUUUAAUCGACAAAGCAGCAUUUCUAAAGGUGAUUGUGUAUCUGGAGAUGGCAGUAGUUACAGAGGAACAGUGUCUCAUUCUGAAAGUGGACGUCCAUGCCUGAACUGGGGUGGAUACAGUUUUUGGGGAGUUUUUGAUAGCACUCGCAAUCAUAAUUACUGCAGGAACCCAAAUGGCAAACUGAAGCCAUGGUGCAGAGUUCAAGGGGAAACUGGUAUAGUCAGGGAAUACUGCAAAAUUCCACAAUGUUCUACCUCAACAGUCAAACCUCGUACAGUUGAACCUCAAGAUACAGAACUCACUUGUGGUCAGACAUCUGAACGUAAGCUGUAUAGAGUAGUGGGUGGAUCUUUCACACGUAUAGAGUCACAGCCCUGGGUGGCAGCCAUCUUUACUCGUCGUGGAACCUUUCUUUGUGGCGCCUCACUCAUCACGCCUUGUUGGGUUGUCACAGCUGCACAUUGCUUUGAUGGGUUGGACCAAAAUGUGAAUCAAUUUACUGUUUAUUUGGGCAAGAGUGCAAUUAAUGAAACCAAUGUUUCCAAGGACCAAAAGUUUAUGGUGGAAAAACUGGUUAUACAUCGCAAAUACAAUGCAUCCAACUACGAUAAUGAUAUAGCGCUUCUAAAGAUCAAAAACCAAAAUGGAGGAUGUGCUGUUAAAUCUGCUACCACUCGUACUGUGUGCCUCCCACCAUUUCGAACUCAGUUACCUGUUGGAUUUCAAUGCACUAUUGCAGGAUAUGGCAAGGAAGACCAAUAUGCUUGGGCUUAUUCAAAUGUCCUUAAAGAGGGUCAUGUAAACCUGCUCUCCCAGUCAGAAUGCAGGAGAAAAGACUAUUAUGGAGGCAGCCUCACUGGGAACAUGUUUUGUGCGGCACACCCUAGUUGGAGUAUUGAUUCCUGCAAAGGGGACUCAGGUGGUCCUUUGCUCUGCAAAGUCGCAGGGCGGAUGUUCCUGUUUGGCGUGGUCAGUUGGGGAGAUGGAUGUGCCAACAGAAACAAACCAGGAGUAUACACCAAAGUCACCAACUAUAAUAGAUGGAUUGCAAAAAACACAGGCCUACCCAAAUACACAGCAGGGAUAAUGUAUCCAACAAAAUGAGGGUUUGGAGAAUAUUAUGAUUCUUAAAGGCAGCUUAACAAUAACGUUAUUUACAUAGGACAAUGUAUCACAGGCUUAACUGCAUUUUGCACUCCAGAUCCUUUUUUUUUUGGUACGACUUUCAUUUCUUUUCAGUUUUCAGUGAGAAUGAGAAUGUAAUUUGUAUAUUAAUUUUAAAUUUAAUUUAUUUAUUACUUUUGUUUUUGUAAAAGGCUGGUCCUACUGCACAUAUUAUAAAUUAUUUGCAUAUUAUAAAUUAUUAACUGUCUCUUAUGUUAUUCAUUAAAUUCCUCCUAAAACAUUA